UAUGAUAGAGUAUCUACAAAUACCUCAUUUUUACUCUGUCACAUGCAAUUUUACAAUGUCAUGUUCUCAGCAGUGAUCAGAUGAUAGAAUGAGUAUGUUGAGAGUAUGUAGACUAGUAUGAAGAAUUAAUUAGGAAUCUAAUGAUACCAGAUAUUGAUGCAAAAGGAACAACAGAUUCUUAAGUAAUAUGGGUUAUCUGUGACCCAAAAGUAUAUGCAAAGUGAUGGAAUGGGCAGUAUGUGCAAAAUAAUACGCAACUGCUCAAUCCAAAAACUAACUUCUUUUUUAUAAAGUAUACCAAAUGGAAAUACUGUGAAAUCAUUAAUAUUUGUGGGGGACUAAUUUUUGUGGAUAUUAUGAUUGAGUCAAUCCCAGAAUUACAUGUUUGCAAACAAGUGGAAUUCUCAUUCAUUUAUGUUCAUAAUUUGAAGUCCCAUAUUCUUAUUCAGAUUAAAUAUUGAACUUGGCCAAAACCCACGAAAUCAAAUGAUUUCACAGUAGACCAAAUGAAUGUAGGGGCACUUUAAAUAUAGUACAGUAUGCUUAAAUCACAUUAGUGUCUCUGAUGAAAAAAAAAGUUUUUGAAUGCUGUCCUGACCAAAUGACACUCUUUGACCAUAUUUGUCACAGAAAUAUGCAAGUGAGGUAUAACAGUACUGUUUCACGUUUCUUAAGUCGGCUCAACCAUUAAAAAUAUUGAAGAAGUCAUUAAAUAGAUACAGAUAACAUGGAUAAUGGAUAUGUAUGAUGUUGAUAUUUAGGUUUUUUAUGCCAUUUGCUUUGAAAUAAGCAAAAUGUCCCUAGUGUAAUCCUCUUUAUUUUAUGUCAGUUGUUACUUAACAAAUUUCGUGGCUUACUUGAAAGAUUGCCUUUUUAUGCCCCCGCAGGGAGGCAUAUAGUUUUUGAACCGUCUGUCAGUCUGUCAGUCUGUCGGUCUGUCCGCAAUUUACGUGUCCGGUCCAUAUCUUUGUCAUCGAUGGAUGGAUUUUCAAAUAACUUGGCAUGAAUGUGUACCACAGUAAGACGACGUGUCGCGCGCAAGACCCAGGUCCGUAGCUCAAAGGUCAAGGUCACACUUAGACAUUAAAGGAUAGUGCAUUGAUGGGCGUGUCUGGUCCAUAUCUUUGUCAUCGAUGGAUAGAUUUUCAAAUAACUUGGCAUGAAUGUGUACCACAGUAAGACGAUGUGUCGCGCGCAAGACCAAGGUCUGUAGCUCAAAGGUCAAGGUCACACUAAGGCUUUAAAGGAUAGUGCAUUGAUGGGCGUGUCCGGUCCAUAUCUUUUUCAACCAUGGAUGGAUUUUCAAAUAACUUGGCAUGAAUGUGUACCACAGUAAGACGAUGUGUCGCGCGCAAGACCCAGGACCGUAGCUCAAAGGUAAAGGUCACACUUAGACGUUAAAGGUCAUUUUUCAUGAUAGUGUAUUGAUGGGCGUGUCCGGUCCAUAUCUUUGUCAUUCAUGCAUGGAUUUUAAAAUAACUACGCAUGAAUGUGUGACACAGUAAGACGACGUGUCGCGCGCAAGACCCAGCUCCGUAGGUCAAAGGUCCUAAACUCUAACAUCGGCCAUAACUACUCAUUCAAAGUGCCAUCGGGGGCAUAUGUCAUCCUAUGGAGACAGCUCUUGUUUGGUUAAAAUUCUUGUCUAAAGUUUAUCAAAUUUGUCGUGAUAGACAGAUUUUGAUAUUGAUGCUGAGAACUAUUCCAGACAUGCUUUUGUAAAAUGUUCUUUCUGAUGUAUUACAUAUUGCUUUUAAAUUGAAGUGAUGUAUGCAAUAUUUCUAGCAAUAAACUUUGAUGUUUCAGAUCUGCAAUUUUGGAAAACAUAUUUUGUUGAUAUUGAUUGAUUUUCAGGCUUUUCCAAAGGGGAAAACGGCCUCCAGACAUUUGUUUUGCAGUUUUUAUAAUGGCUAACAUCAGUAUUAAUCAAAAUAAAAGCAAGUUGAAUUCCUCAAAAAAAAAAAAAAAAGAAUCUUUUGGGGAUCAAAGCUAUUGUCGGUCUGUCUUUGAUGCAGAUGAUGGGGAUACUGCCUUAUGUGAAAUGUUAUUUGAUCAGACCAUUAGAUGUACAAGUUGUACAUGUAUAGUUUAUUUUUAGAAUGUAAUGUGUAUGCAACAAACAUAAUGCCUUAAUUGUACUGAGAGAUAACGAUCAGAUAUACAAAAACUUGUUAUUUAAAUCACAUACUGGUACCAGUAAAAUGCCUGUCUCUUGAGUUUACUGCAAAUCUUGCAUUUUGUUCUUUGACUGGUUGGUGAGAUAACACUGCCUCAUAGAUAACCUUGCCGUUUCGUAAUUAAAUCGAUUAAACGCUACAUCCGUUAAAAGAAGUUCAGAUCUGGUCAGAAACAUUCAAACACUACAACUACUGAAAAUCUUACCAAAAUCAGCAUGUAUUUAUUGUAUAAUGAGUUGGAAUAUUUCUGGACAAAAUUCGCUGUCAGAAUGACUAGGGGAUUCUGCUUCCGGUGCGCUGUCUUGUAAGGGGUAUAGCAGGUUUCUAAAAUAUAUGCGCUUCCAAUAUGGCAAGCAGACAUCUAAUAUACAGUUGUAAGCAAAUGUCUACUCUUGUCUGAGGGCAGGCACAUGAAACACUAGGCCUUCUUUUCUACAGUGGUAGCAGAAUGAAUGAGGUAAGCAGAUUUGAAUUUUAAAACAUGUCAUAUUGUUUAAGUUUUAAUUUAUAAGAAUUUCAUAAUUGUGAACAGAAAUAAAUAUCAAUAUUAAGAUUUUACUAGUUAUAGUAUUAAAAUUUUCAGUCAGACAAUUACUGUAGAUGGUUUAAUUUAAAACCAUGUCCCCGACCAAACAAAACAAGAAAGAAAGUUGUUUCAGUUGUGAAAGUCAAAUCCCAAAAUAAAAAAAAUGAUACAGAAAGAGGGUAAUUUCCAGGAUUAUUUUCCUUGUUUUUGUUUUUCAGAAUGAUGUGAUUGCCUAUUUGUUUCUGCCAUUGGUUCGUGACUUCUGAAAUGCCGUGAAGUUGAAAAAAGUUUUCAAGAAAUAUUAGAUGACUUUGAUGUUGAUCACUUAGAUGGAAAAAGAGUAAUAAGAUGGAUGGAGUUGGAACAUUUGAGUCCCAUGGCAGACAGAAAGUGGAAUAAAUUGAAUCAAGCAAGAUGCUUAAAUCAAUGAUGAUAAGAUAUAAGACUGAUGGAGUGGGAGGAUUGAAAAGAUAGGGGAAUAAAGAGGAAUAAAUUGAAUGGGAAAUAUUACAAGGUGAUCAAUGCUGUUGACAAGGUUUGAGAAGAAACAAAAGAAAGAUAAAUCACAGAGAGGGGUAUUAGACAUUUUCCCAGAAAAUAAUGGGAGGAUUGCAGGUUUAAAAACAAAGAAACAGAUAUGAUGCAGAUUGGUGAAUUAACCACAUUAUGCCUGCAGAUACUAAAUGUGCUGUUGGAAAACUAGGUGACAGACAACCUUGAAGAUAGUAAAGACUUUUCCAGAAUUAUAAAGAUACAGUAAAUGUGGAAAAUAGAGUCACAAAGAUAAAUAACUGUAAAGCAUAUAGCCUCAAUGAUAUGGUAACUGUGGAACACACAGACACAAUAGCUGUGGAAUACAAAGUCACAAAGACACAAUAACUGUGGAAAACAUACACAUAGACACAAUAACUGUGGAAUACAAAGUCACAAAGACACAAAAACUGUGGAACACAUACACAUAGACACAAUAACUGUGGAAUACAAAGUCACAAAGAUAUAAUAAUUGUGGAAUAAAGAGUCACAAACAUACAAAAACUGUGGAACAAAGUCACAAAGAUAUACUGUGGAAUAUAGAGUCAUAAAGAUAUAAUAAUAGCUGAUAUCAACUGCCUUUUUCAACAUUAUCAUGGAAAUAUGAUAUUUGAAAGAAGAAUUAAAGAACAACAUACCAACAUCACAUCUCUAAAACUGUCAAUAUGUUAGAUGUUCUGUAAAACAAUUCUCAACAACAGACUUUAUUGAAACCUCAGACAACAAAAAGAAAGAAAAUUAGUGUGCAAUAAGACAGUACUGUAGGGUUUAUUUUUGUUAGAAAGACAUCAUCUUCCCUGUGAGAAACACAGCCCUCCUCCGUUUACUAUCUAAAUUACAAUUACAGCUGUCUGUUGGUCAAAAAACAUCAUGUAGUAUAUCAUAAUUGUAGACAGAAGUGGCAAUACUAUUGGUGAAUAUAACAAAGGUUGAUUGACUUAACAGCAAGUUCAUCUUUUUAGAUUAUUUGGGGAAAGGAGCUUGUAAAAAUGUUGAUUUUUAGUUGAUUCGUUAAGAGUAAAAAUAUAUAAAUCACAGACAAUAGGGUAAAAAUGCUAAAUCAGAGAUACAUUAAUUUGAAAUAAUUUCCAUCUGCAUAGUUGCUAACAUGAAUUCUAAACAGUUGCCAUCUGUGAAUUUCUUUUAAGUUGCUGAUUUUUGCAAAACUGCUGACAAGUUUUUGACAUCAGCUGAAAGACUGACAUUUACUUUAUAGGAGAAUGCUGACCUUUUAAAAGAAGUUGCUGAUAUUGUGGAAGAGCUGACAUUAAUUUAAAAGAAGUUGCUGAUAUUGUGGAAGAGCUGACAUUAAUUUAAAAGAAGUUGCUGAUAUUGUGGAAAGGCUAAUAUUAUAGGAAAUGCUAUCUGUAUAGUUUCUAGCAAUUAUUUUGUAAAACUGAUGACAUUCUUAUAAUCUGAGUUUCAUCAAUAGAAAUAGAAGAAGAAAUGAAUACUCGCAUUAAAACCAGAAAGUGCUAAUGAAAAACAUGUUUUGAGUAUGAUCGUCAAGCAUCUACAUUAAUUCAUUAAAAGAACGCGUGUACAAGAUUAAAAUAAAUACCUUGAAAUAAACAGUAAUAAAGAAAGGGAAAAGUCGAGACUGAUUAAUUCUCAGAGAAGGUGAAUGUUUCAUAUUUUUUAUUUUCCGCAUGUCAUAAGGAGAGACAAAAUCAUUGUCACACUUAGAACUAUUUUUUCUGCUUUGGGAGAAUCCUCCUUGAGUGAUUAAAGUCAAUCAGAAUCGACAUUUUCAUGCCAAGAAUAACAGAUUACUUUUUAUGCCUUUCUGAUGAAAAGAUAAUACUAGCAAAGGGACUUGUGAGAAAAAGUUGGACAAGCACACUGGUUGUUUAAAAUAAUUUGUCCUCAUGAUUUGGGACAUUGUCUGAAGGUUAGUUAGAGAAAGAGUAACCACCUUAAAUUGGAGAUAGUUGUUGUGAUUUAUGAGGAAAUCUCCAAAAAUUUGUUAUAUACAAUGCAUAGAAUACAAAUAAGAAAGUAAAUGUAUAUCUGUUGAAAAAAUAUAACGAUGGUUGACAUAUAUUCUGAAGACUUUUUGGAUUCGUUGGAUAUACCAAUAAACUUCAAUAUCACUAAUUUUCUCUCGGAAGUUUACAAAGAUGAAAACUCUUCAACCGCGAACGGUUCACUUUCUGAAGCAGACAAAGUAAAGUAUGAGAAAGCGCUAUUGAACUAUCAUUUGAUGGGCAUAGCUGGAAGUACAGUAUGUUUUGUUGGAAUUAUUUGCAAUGUUUUGUCGGUAAUUGUUCUCACUCGACGUGUUAUGAACUCGUCAACUUACUCAUAUUUAGCUGCUCUCGCUGUAUGUGACACUCUUGCAUUAGUACUUACUGUUAGUAUAACUUUACUUAGUGAAGAUACAACUGUACCACAGCCGGGAAAAAUCAGCUGGGGAAAAACUUCAUGGGCGAUUUUAUUUCCUUAUUUACAUCCGGCUGCAGUUACAUUUCAAGUGACGUCAGUUUGGCUUACCUUAGCUUUUACAGUAGAUAGAUAUAUAAUGAUUUGUCACCCAUUUAAAGCAGAGCGCAUGUGUAGUGUUGGAAAAGCUCGAAAGGUGAUAAUAGGCAUGUACAUUUUUGGAAUUCUGUUUAAUAUUCCUCGAUUUUUGGAAUACAAAACGGUGAAAGCUGAGCUUCCCUCACUAAAUGGAGGUACUGAAACUCGUAUGGUGAUAGAAUACACAGAAAUUGGAAGCAGUCAGACAUUUAUGGAUCUUGUUCAUUCAUAUUUAUAUUUAACAUUUGUUUGUGGAAUUCCAUUUUUCACACUUGCAAUACUUAAUACGUUUCUAAUGCAUGCUGUCCAUAUAUCUAAAAAGAAUGGACGCUUGAUCAAUGCGAAGGAAAAGAGAAGAAAUGACACAACAAUUAUGUUGAUAGGUGUUAUUGUGUUAUUUUUAGUAUGUCAAGGGCCAGCUUUAAUUUCAAGAAUGGUUUACGCAAUAGAUUUUCAUAGGGCAACAGGUUCCAUGACAUUUCAUAAGAUUAAUGAAGUUGGAAAUUUUUUAAUCAUUGUCAAUUCCGCCAUAAACAUUGUGCCAUAUUAUUUUUUCGGAAAACGUUUCCGUCGAGAAUUUUGGAGGCUCUUUUGCAAGUGUUUUUUGACAAAUCAGGAAUUGCAAAAGAUAAAACGUAAUUAUAGUUUCUCAAUAGAUAACAAUCGCAGAAGGAUUAGCCAGUGUAGUGCUGCAAGUCAGUAUGAAAUGAACGGCUUUCAACUGAAUAACGAUCAAGAAAAUAGGAAAUUUCACAGGGAUAGUGCCUCACCUUUGUUGCUUCAUCUGGAAAAAGUCCAUCGGGACUCGGUUCAAACAGUGGACACGAUUGACGUUAAUGACAGACUGUCUCCCAGCUCAUUUGAAUCACUAAAACGCGAAAGCCCAACUCCGAAACCGAGACUUCGAAAAGAAAGUCCUAAUUCGUUGAGGGUUGUGUGGGAAAUGGACACAAAUAAGAACGAGAAAUGUAAUGUGAUAAUAGACACUACAGACACUGAAAACACUCGUGAAUUGUGAUAAUAUAUAUUAUUUAACAUAAUUAUAUCUUUUUAAUGUUGAUUAAUUAGAAUUUAUUACAGGAAUUUUUUUUUAUUUCAUUUUUUUUUUACUUCAUUUAAACUUUUGUAGGUUUAAAUAGAUAGAAAAAUUCCAUUUUAUCAUCUAUUUUAUGCUAUUAUCAUAGUGUGUUAAAAUCAAACAUGGGCUCAUUUCAGGCAUUAUGCAGUAGAUAAUUGCUAGGUUCUUUAAAAGCAACUUGAUUUUGCAUUGCAUGCUUUUUUCACAUGCUGUUCACCUCCAUAUUAAUUUUUUGUUAAAGGAAAACAACUGCUAUAAAUUCUAAAUAAAAUUAUAUUGUCA